UCAUGCACACCUUCCUCACCAUACAAACGUGUUGCUUAAUCAACUUUCUUAAAGUUUCCCCAAAUGCCAAACGACCGCGCACACACAAAUACACAAUCUUCUCAAUUCACACUCAUCCUUCUUCAUCGUUAAGAUUGAGGGUGCCUGUAAAAAUAUGGGAAUUUGAAUAGAUUUUCUGGGUAUACUUUAGAAUACAAUUCAAUUCCAUUUUCUUAAAAAAAAAAAUCAAUAAAAAAAAGUAGUGAAAAAUGGGCCAAAAAAACUCAAAAGAUGAAUCGGUUUAUCAGCAAGUGAUGGAAGGAAAUGUUGAAGCCAUUAAAGCUCUCUGCAAAGAAGGUGCUCGUCUUGAGUGGAUUGAUAAAGAAGGGAAAACUCCCUUGAUUGUGGCUUCUAUGGAUCCAAGACUUUAUAUUGUAGCAAAGACUUUGAUUGAGUUGGGUGCUAACAUUAAUGCAUAUCGUCCUGGUAGUCAUGCAGGUACACCUUUGCAUCAUGCUGCAAAGAGAGGCCUAGACCACACUGUUAAGUUGCUUCUAGCGCAUGGAGCAAACCCUUUUGCAAGAAAUGAUGAUUGUCAAACGCCGUUAGAUGUAGCCAGAACAAAAGGACAUACCAAUGUUGUACAUGCAAUUGAGGCUCAUAUUUGCUAUUUCUCUGGUGAUAUACGUGAGAUUCUGUUGGUGCCAGGCAUCCUUGAAUCGCUGGUGCCUCAACGGUUAGCAAGAAAGAGCUCAAAGAAGAGUUGGGUGGUGGUUGUUCCUUGUGGUCCCCCAAAUACAAAGAAGCCUCCAAAAUUGGAGCUUGCUGUGUAUCCUAGUGCACAGGAUCCCCAACCUCGUACUAUCAUCCCUCUUUGGAAGUGCAAUAUUCGGGAGCCAAAGUUUCAUGAGUCAGAUCCCUCCUUGACAAUUUUGAAUGAAUCAACUAGGACCCGUUAUAAAUUUUUAUCGGCCAUUGAAGGAGACAGGCAUCAACUUGCUCAGCUAUAUAGUGCUUGCAAAGGAUUUCCUAAGGUUAUGCCAUCACCCUCAUUACCAGAAACUAACACCAGCAAUCGACUAGAAUUUUCAUCAGCCUCAAAUUCUCAGUCAACUUCUGUUACAAAUGGUUGGGGCGAUGUUGAUGGUAAUGAUGCCGCUCACAGUAACUGCAGCCCAUCUAUUGUCCCAACACCCCCUAAGGGAAGCUGCAACGGGUGGGCCUAUGAAUCCACACCAGAACAACAUAAUGGGUGGGCUGAUCCAGGUCCAUCCAGGCCUACACUACCAGAAGCUAAGGCAAGCCAUCGGCCAGAAUCUUCAUCAGGUUCGAACUCUCAGUCAAGUUCUACUACAACAGUUUGGGGUGAUAUGAAAGGUAAUGCUACUCACAGUGACUGGGGCCCAUCCAGUGUUCCACCACCCACAAAGGCAAGCUGCAAUGGAUGGGCCGAUAAACCCAAACCGGAGCAAUAUAAUGGAUGGGCUGAUCCAGGUCCAUCUGAACCAAGUGUCAAUCCUACAACUGUUGUCCCAACAUCCAUUCCUUCUGCUCCAUCAGCUCCUCCAUUGCCUGCAGAUGUUUUAGAUGACGGGCCUAUUCAUUAUCCUACAAUCGACAUGGUCCCUAUGGACUUGCCCGUCACCAGUGGCGAAGCAAAAGGUAAAUCGGAUGAGUCUGGGUGCGUGAUAUGUUGGGAAGCCCCGAUUGAGGGGGCAUGCAUUCCUUGUGGUCAUAUGGCUGGUUGCAUCUCUUGCUUAUCAGAAAUCAAAUCCAAGAAAGGGGUUUGCCCUGUUUGCCGGGCCAAAAUUGAUCAGGUUAUCAGACUUUAUGCUGUUUGAGACCAAGAUUACUUCACAAUUCUUUUGCCAGUUAUGCAAUUAGGGGAUAUGGUGUUAUGUUACACUAUGAUCAUGUUCAAUUUUGUAAAGUAAUAUUGAAUCAUUGUAUAGUCAGAAACCACAACAUUGUUUUAAGAAUGAGUUAUAGAUGUGCUAUAAAUUAUAUAUCUAUGUGAAUCCAUUUUCAGAA